CGCUGCUUCCUGUUCGGCCGUGCCUGCGUGCCGCUCGCCCCAGCUCCCAGCUAUGGCGUCUGGCCGAGAGAGCUUCUCUCAUCUCCUCCCUGCUCAAUCUCCAGCCACGCGCCCUCCAGUUCUGAGCUCCUCUGCGCGCGCGAAGUCCUCUGCGCCGCACCCUGAAGCCCCCUGCUCGGCGCCCGAGAUCCCUCCCAUGGCCGGUGUUCGGUCCCUGCGCUCGUCCGACCGAACUCCCUGGCCAUCGCGCUUGCCGUUUCCCCACGCGCAGGAAUUCACCAGUGUUCGGUCCGCGCGCAGCCUCCCUCCCAGCUCAGCCGCCCAUCUCCAUGGCCAGAGCUCCUUCAUCUCCCUCCUCUCAGCGUCUUCUCCGUGCUCCCGCUCGGCUCCACCCAUGGCCGGAAUCCCCUUCCUGCCGAGCUCCCAUGGCGGCGCCCAUCCCCUGCUCCCUCCAGUUCUCCCUACCACGCCCACCGCCGGUCUAUGCGCGCGCGCUCUGCUCCCAUGCCGCGCGCCCCUGUCCUGUUUCUCUGCGCGCUCAGGUGCCUGCUCACACCCCUGACCAUGGCGCUUGGCUUCUCCAGCCGCGCGUGGUGCGCGCUCCCUGCCAUCGUCGUUCUCUGCCCCGCCGUGGGCAGCAACUUCGUCGAUCUGCACAAAUCCGGUUCGACAAUCGGUUCCGUCUCCGUCGAACUCCUAUUCGCCAUCACGCCGAGCUCCUCAACACUGCCCCAACCCGUUGUCGUUAUUUCAUCGUCUCGUCUUGCUGCCAGUCCCUAUGUGUUGUCUCCGACUGGUGUUUGCGGCGACAAAAGCAUCCCAAGAAGAUGUGGAGAAGCAAUCCCCUAGUCGAUACCCAAGUACUCUGCGAAAGGCCAGAACAAGAAUUGUCGCCAUGUGGAGUUCUAGUUAAUAUGGAGAGAUUCCAAGAAUUGUGGAUGGAAGAGAGAGUGAAGCUCAGUUCAAUGCUCGCCAGGUGCUCGAUCGAAGAUUUUAUUCAGAGACUAUCGACGCUCUCGCAGGCUUUGAGUCGGACUUACUUUAGAUGAGAAAUCCCUGAUGUUUGAGAGAAGCGAGGCCUAUAAGCGCUCUCUUGGGACUCGACCAAAUGUCUAAAUUGGAAAACUGUCAUCGCCCUCGCGGAUAUCGAAUCCAUUCGGUCUUGGUAUGCCAAUUUAUUAAUUCGGCUAAUCGAAUUGGAUUAACUUGACUUGCUAGUCGUAAUAAUUCUUGUGUUUAGCAGAUGCGUCGUGUUCGUGUUAGAUGUUUGCUAAAAUACCUCAGCCCCUUCGCUAAUGUAAUCGUGUGAAAUAAAUGCGUAAUAUGGUGUACCUUAGGUCUAUAAUGCAGAAUAAAUGAAAUAUUUAAUUUAGUGGGAUUUAUGUUGUAUAAUAAUUGAGAAUAGUAAUUCUAGAAGUUAAUGCAAUGAUUUCU